AUGGACGUCACCGUCGACCUCGCCCGCCUCCUCAAGCGCUACUCCUGUCUAGCUGCCGACCCACUGGUCCACCCCCGCGACGUCCGCGGCCUAGUGGCGCGACCUGACGUACGAACCGCCACUCGCCAAGUCCGCGCUCUCCUGCUCGGCGCGGCGAGGACCUCCCCCCCGUCCUUCAUGCUCUUGGCUCUGCUGCCGGCGCUAUUCCCGUCCCACCUCGUGCACGCCCACCACACGCUCUCCAUCGUGGCCUGCCGCAUGAGCACCCGCGAGGCUGUGGUGAUAUGCGAUGCUACGGAUAGGAUGAUUUACAGCUACACGAGGAGCAUCAACGGAUUCGCGGCCAGGCUGACCGACGACGAGAAGGACAAGCUGUCGAGCAGGGAGGGCGUGGUGUCCGUCUUCCCAAGCCGGACGUACCGACUCCAGACCACGAGGUCAUGGGACUUCCUCGGCUUCCCCGAGACGGCGCGCCGGAGCCUGCCCACGGAGGCGGAGGUCAUCGUCGGCAUGAUCGACACCGGCGUGUGGCCGGACUCCCCGUCCUUCUCCGAUGAGGGCUUCGGCCCGCCACCGAGCAGGUGGAAGGGCGCCUGCCACAACUUCACGUGCAACAACAAGAUCAUCGGCGCCCGCGCGUACAGGCAAGGCCAUACCGGCCUGUCGCCAGUGGACACCGACGGGCACGGCAGCCACACGGCGUCCACGGUGGCGGGGCGGGUGGUGGAGGGCGUCGGCCUCGCGGGCCUGGCCGCCGGGUCGGCGCGCGGCGCGGUGCCGGGCGCCAGGCUCGCGGUGUACAAGGCGUGCUGGGACGACUGGUGCCGCAGCGAGGACAUGCUGGCCGCGUUCGACGACGCCGCCGCCGACGGCGUCGACCUGAUCUCCUUCUCCAUCGGGAGCACGCUCCCGUUCCCCUACUUCGAGGACGCGGCGGCCAUCGGGGCGUUCCACGCCAUGCGGCGCGGGGUGCUCACCUCCGCGGCGGCCGGCAACUCGGCGCUCGACGGCGGGCGCGUCGACAACGUCGCGCCGUGGAUCCUGUCCGUCGCCGCGAGCAGCACCGAUCGCCGGCUCGUGGGCAAACUGGUCCUCGGCAACGGCAAGACCAUUGCCGGAGCCUCCGUUAACAUCUUUCCCAAGCUAAAGAAAGCCCCGCUCGUCCUCCCGAUGAACAUCAACGGCUCGUGUGAGCCGGAGUCACUGGCCGGACAAUCAUACAAGGGGAAGAUCCUUCUCUGCGCGAGCGGAGGCGACGGCACGGGCCCUGUCCUCGCCGGCGCCGCCGGCGCAGUCAUCGUCAACGGCGAGCCCGACGUCGCCUUCCUGCUGCCCCUUCCUGCGCUGACCAUCAGCGACGACCAAUUCACCGAAAUCAUGGCCUAUGUAAACAAAACACGCCACCCUGUCGGCACGAUACGCAGUACCGAAACGGCCUUCGACUCCAAGGCGCCCGUCGUCGCCUCCUUCUCAUCCAGAGGGCCAAACUUGAUCAGCCCAGGGAUUCUCAAGCCCGACCUGUCGGCGCCGGGGAUUGACAUCCUGGCAGCAUGGACGCCGCUGUCGCCGGUGUCCGGGAACCUCAAGGACAGCAGGUUCGCGGCGUACAGCAUCGUCUCAGGCACGUCCAUGGCGUGCCCCCACGCCACCGGCGUCGCAGCGUACGUCAAGUCCUUCCACCCCGACUGGUCGCCGGCGAUGAUCAUGUCAGCCCUCAUCACCACAGCUACGCCCAUGGACCCGUCGCGCAACCCAGGCGGCGGCGAGCUCGUCUACGGCGCUGGGCAGCUGAACCCGUCGCGGGCGCGUGACCCCGGCCUCGUCUACGACACGCGUGAGGAUGACUACAUCCGCAUGCUGUGUGCGGAAGGGUACAACUCCACGCAGCUCCGGGUAGUCACCGGCUCCAACGCCACGGCUUGCCCGGCUUCCGCCAGCGGAGGAAGGAGUGGCGCCGCCGCCGGCCUCAACUACCCGACGAUGGCGCACCACGCCAAGCCGGGCAAGAACUUCACCGUCCGCUUCCUGCGCGCCGUCACCAACGUCGGAGCGCCACGCUCCGUGUACACCGCCAAGGUCGCCGGCUCGGGGUCGUUCGUGAGAGUCACCGUCGCGCCCAAGAGGCUGGAGUUCAGCAGGCUCCUCCAGAGGCUGUCGUUCACCGUGACAGUCUCUGGCGCCCUGCCGGCGGCGAACGAGUUCGUGUCGGCCGCUGUCGUGUGGUCUGAUGUCUUGGUUUCCAGAACAGGCAUAGCAGCAACCAUUCGUUUUCCCUCAAUUUCAGUCGUCGAUGUCUCAGUGGGGAUUACAUGCUCCGACACUUCCUCCAACUCAGAGAUCAGGGGUUAUGGGCCACAACACAACACGCCACCACCGGUGAUACCAGCACUAGGAGGACCUUCUGAAGGAGAGGGAGCUACUACAAAGGAGACUCCAAACCAGAUAGACGACUUCGUUAACAACUUGUUCGCUUCUGGAGGUAGUGGUCACAACUCAAACAACCCCUAUAUGUGA